CUUCCCUCUUAUCAUGACCGAAGAGACAGCGAGUUGUUGGAUAUGGCGCGAAUCUCAGUCCAAUUUAGUUACAAAAACAGAACUAAAAAUGCCUAAAGUCUCUCAACGCCUUCCAUCAUUGCUUUUCUAACCUGCCAAAAACCCUAAUUUCCGUUUUCAAUUUUUACUUCAUUUGAUUUUCUUCUUAUUCUUCUUCCUUCAGUAGAACAGAAUUGCAAAAUUCAAAUUCAACAACAAGAAGAAGUAGUCAUCUUUACCAUUUGAGAACGUUAAAUUCGGUGUUCCGUAGUUUUCAUUCAAAACUUACGUCUUUCAGUCAAGAGAUCUGUAGAUAGAAGGAGAAGCAUAAGAAAUUAAGUAUACAUUCAGAGAUUAUAGAUGACACUGGAUGCAGUAAGCGUCAAGACAGUCAUCCAGGGACAUCAGUUUGCAUCAAACCAGUAAACACAUUCUAAAGUAAUUAAUAAGUUGGACAGGAACCAAUGAGUAUAAGACCCAAGGGUUAUUGAUUGAAACGGAAUUAGAAGUAAUUUCAAGAUAGCUGUUGAUGGGAGUGAAAGCAGUAACCAUUCAGAAAAACAUCCAGCUGUUAUUGACAGUUUUCAUUGCAGUACAUAUAUAUGGUAAUGCAUCCAGAGACUACAUCAAAAGAAAGUAAUGAAAAGUCAAGCACACACUCUUCUUCAUCUUCAUCAACAUCGUCAUUGGAUCUUGCCAUAGAGGAUAUAGAAGGACCUAGCAAGUCAGGAACCAAUAUUACUUCCUCCCCCAAACUUAAAUUGGAUUCUCAAUCUGCACCAACACAUGUUUCCAUCACUGGCAACUCUUCAAGAUCAAAAGAACUUGACAAUGGGUCUCCAGUUCCCUCUUCAUCUUCUCAAGAAACACAUGAAUCAUUGGCAUAUGAUUUGCCAUCAACACAAUCCCCCCCACUCCAAGUGAUGGACCGUUCAGAGGGAUAUGAUCCUCUUAGAAUACCAUCAACCGUGUUUGAAAGAAAAGCCUCAUCACCCCUGGAAUGGAGUGCUGCUUCUAAUGAUUCACUGUUUAGCCUUCACUUAGGCAAUAACAGUUCCUCCAGAGACCAUGUUUUUAUGUUGGGUGGAGAAGUGUUGAAGUCUGGUGAAAUUCCCAUGUCAGGUGAGUUUCUUAAGUUUAGCCCUUCUGUUACAGUGGAGGAAAUUGAGGGAAAGAGUCUAGAAUGGGAGAAGGGUGAAGAAAUUGGAGAGUCGGAUGAUGGCAUCAAGGUUUCAACAAUAGAUAACACAGAAGAUCAAAGUAAUGAAAGGGGACCACCUACCAAAGGAAUGCAGUGUUCUAGUGUCUCCAGCCGUUCAAAUGAUAGUGCUCGCUCAUUUGCAUUUCCAAUAAUGAGUAGAGGGAAGAGGUGUGCAUGGCCAUCAUGCUACUGUUCUGAUUGUAGCUGCACCUGCUGGUACUGUUCAAUGCCAAGCUGCUACUUAAUGUGGCCAAGCUGCUACUGUUCUGAUUGUAGCUGGGCAUUCUGCUACUGUUGGAACUGUAGUCUAUAUAGAUGGUGCUGUCACUCUUCCACUCCUACCACUUUAACAGAGGGACCAGAAGGCAGUUCGCCAAAAGCAGAGGUUCAGAAGAACCCAAACCAGCAGUUGUUUGACAAAAUGGCUUCAACAUCUCCUGCCUGCUGCUGUUUUACUUGCUCCUCUUGUCACCAUUAUUGUUGCAGUUCUCGUUGCUCUUAUUGCUGUUGAAAGAGUAUGUGCAACUGAACCCUUAAAUCUCCUUCUCCUUUCUGCAUGUUGAAAACACCAAUCCAAGCCCCUCUAUAGCCUUAUCAAUCACCACAUGUUGAGCCUAAAUGCAAGAGCUUACACAUAGAAUUCAAAUAAAUUAAAGCAUGACAAUUUGAAUAUAGCAGUUAGUGGCUCAUAUCACAGGCUUAGUGUUCUUGUUUAUGAACAUAAUUAUAUUUCAUGGAAAUACGCUUGAGAAACAUAAUCCAUAUGAUGUUGGGUCUUGAAUUUUCGUGGGACAAGUAUUAUGUACAGAUGAAUGUUCUUCCUUUUGGUGAUGUAAAUUAGUCUUUAAUUUAUUGUUAAGUUAGUAAUUUUACUUUGCUAAGUAUAAAUUCAUCAAAAAAUAUGUUUACAA